CGUAAUUCAAAAUGGCGUCCAAGUAAGAUUCUCGAGUCAUCAAAACUAACGAUUUUGAUCUCUUUUUUUAGAUAACUACUUUGAUCACGAUGUUUUGGGGUUAGUAUAUACGUAUUAUCUUUGUUCCUUUGAGGAAAUCGUGGGAAACAAAAGUAGCAAAAUAACAAUCUGCUGCAAAUCAAAGGAGUACAUUCGACUGUUUUAGACGGUCGGACGUGCGCAAGUAUCAAUAACUUGCUCGAUUACUGUCCGUGUACUGGAAACACGCUGCUAGCAGAAUUCGGUAAAAAGCUUACGCAAGCCUACAUGUUGUACAUCUCAUUACAAUGAAAAUUUGAAAACUAGGUAUAAAUUGUAUAGGCAUUUUAAGACGUAACUUUUUUUAAUUUGAUAGGAUUGUUUACAAUGUUGCAUGCACGUGGGAAUCCAUACUUUCCGUAUUUUAGGUGAAUCCCUGGAAGUCAUUCAACAUAGAUUCCUCGAAAUUCAUUUUUUUCAUCUUAUAAUUUCAAGUGUCCGGCCAUCCGGGUCAGGAGGGGGGCUGUUACCCAAGUUAUUUACACAAUGGCAUUUACAAAUCCCCAAUAACCAAGAACAAUAUUUCUCUACAAAAAGCUACCAUUGCCCCCCCCUCCCCCACCCCCUCGAGUGAAAAACUCCUUCACACAAAUGACUUAUGCGUCUUUUCAGACAUUUUAUGCAUCAAAGACGCUGCUGGACCCGCAAGGAGAUGGGUCACUGAGUGAGGCUGAUAGUAUUUUUUAUAGUAUCUUUAGAAGUGCACCAUUAAACCUCUUUGGUAGUGUUAUCAUUUUUUGUCAUUAUUUUGUAAAACUAAGUAGUGAAUCCUUUUGAAGUAUUUUCUGACUUUGACCGCAUUUUGUGUUUUAGGGGUGACUCUUGAUUCUGGAAAGCGGUACACUCAAACAGUGGAGAAAUCCUUCCAUUUGUCAAUGGCUGCUCUAGGCUUUCACAACUGUUCAUCAUUGCCAGUUACUGUAAUGGUUGAGGUAGACAAAGCUCAAUUUGCACUGUGUACACUGCAACCUGGAAAAAUUCCACAGCAGCCGUUAGACUAUUGUUUCACUGAAGGAGAGGAGAUAACUUUCUUCAUGGAAGGACCCGGGGAUGUUCAUUUAACAGGUUUUUAAGAUUACUGUUCAUUUUAACACCAGGAUAUGAGCCACAGCCUGAGUUUAGAAAUAUAUACAGCUAUUUCGAGAAGGGUUGUCAGAUAAAAUGUGCAUGCAACAAUCCUGAAAGGUACGUAAUGUGGGACAUGAUCAAUACACUGUUCCUGACUCUGUAGCUGUUGAACUUACUUUUGUUGCUUUCCUUUAGCAAUCGCAAACACACGUCCAUGGCCUCUCGUGCCAUUCUUGCAAAUUUCUUUGAAGAACAGUGAACUCAAAACCGCCCCAAUACCUUUCGGGAUUGUCGUGUACUUUUUCAGACAACCUCUCUUGAAAUAGCCGUAUAUAUGUAAAUUAUUUGGAAAACAUUCUCCCCUUACAUCAAGAGCCAAGUUGCUCGUGACUUAGUAUUAUGUCAGCUCUUAACAGGAAUACAAGUAUAUUGUAAAGUUAUGCUCCAGCAGCACCCAUCAGUGGCCACCCAUUACCAACUUUCAACAAUUUUAUGAUUCAGUUUUUGAACAAAUAUUAAUUUUAUAUACUGUAUAUGUGCGACUUUUUUUCAAAACUCUUUGUUGAAAGCUAAAAAACCUCCAAAUGAUCACAGGGAAUAAAAAUAUGUUUCUUCAAGCAGUAAUAAGGUGGACACUGCUAUCCUAGACUUUUCCAAGUAUCUCCCUACAAAAUAAUGACCUAUCUGAUGGCAGGACUUGGUCAUCAAGAACUGAUUUUAAAUGGUGUAGCUUGCUUUGAUAUUUCGAUAUUCACUGAAACUUCAAUUUCUUUAGUGUAGAACCAGAACACUUGGCCCUCCUUAAUAUUAUUAUUUUCAUUUAACGAAUUGCCAUGAAGGUCCUCAGCAGUAGGCAUUUAUCACAUGAGCAUUUUCUUGCCUGAGGUUGAUCGGUUAAUUUGGUUUUGUUUUGGGGGUGAUCAUGAUUCUGGGAAAUACACGGUUUUCUCUCAAGUUGUUCUAGCAGAUAAGCUUCACCCCCAGUUUUGAACAAAUUUUGUGAUCAAAAUGUGCAACUUAUCCAUCAGUGUUCAUGCUACUUCAUUUUAAUACAUUUUGCAAAUUAACAGGAUGGCUUGCUGCUGUUCAGGCUGUUGCUGACACGAGUAAACAAAAAUAUAUUAAAAUAGGUGAUCUGACUGCCUAAUUUUCAUCUGAGGUUGUAUUUUAAUCUUGGGUGUCUUGAUAGCAGGGUUGCUAACACCCCUAAGACCCAAAACAUGGAACCAAAACCUCUCCCCCAGUUUUGGAUCCCUUUGUUUUUAGUUUUUUUUGCAGGACUUUUCAGGACAGGGUAACUCCCACACCUACAUUGCCAUCACACUGCUCUUUGCAUAUUUCUGAUAAGAUCCCAGAAUCCCCACCUUCUAAGUUUCAUUAAUUCAUUGACAUUACUUUCUGGCUAGGCUAUUUGAUGGAUGAACCAAAUGCUCUGGAAUUUGAAGAAGAUGAAGAAGAAUUAUCUGGUGAGAGUGAAGAAUCAGAAACGGCUUCGGUAGGUAGUGAUUCUGAAGAUGAAGAAGAGUCUUCUAGUGAUGAAAUCACUCUUAGCCAGUUACUUCAAAGUGGCGACAUCGAAAAUGAUAAUGAGGACAAUGAGGAAGAAGAUGAGGAGAGUGGUGAUGAUGAUUGGGAUCCGUCAAAAGACAACCCAAAACGGAAAAAAAGAAAUAAAAAGGACAAAAAGAAAAAGAACUCAAAGAAAGACAAUUUAGAAAGACAGGAUGAGAGUAUGAACGAAGAAGAAACUGAAAGUGAUCGCAAACUAAUAAUAAGCAGUUUUGAUGAUGACAAUAAUGAUAAUGAUGAUGAUGAUGAUGGUGAGGAUGAUGAUGAUGAAGAAUGGAGUCCAGACAAGAAAGUAAAGUCAGAUUUAAAGGCUGUUAAAAUGAAAGCUGCAAAGCAGGAGAAGAAGAAAUUGAAAAGAAGAGAAAAUGAAACAGUUGAAAAUGGAGAAACACAACCUCCAAAACUGACAAAGAAAGCCAAGAAAAAAUUACGUGGAAAAGAAAAGGCAGAGAAUGUAAAUAGUUUGGAUAAUAAUAAGCAAAGUCAGAACAGUGCUUCCAGCCCAGCAAAGCCAAUUGACUCUCUUACAAAUUCCAGUGAUAAACAGCUUGGAAACAAGCAAGGUAGCCCCUCAAAAAACAGCAAUCAAUCACAGGCCACUGAGGUACAAUGAUUUAUAAAAUAAUAUAUUAGCUUUUGCUAAAAUACAUCAGGAGCCUAUUUCUUGAAAGGCCUGGUAACUUUUUGGGCCUGCAGGCAAAUUUUAAAAUCACAACCUGUUGAAUAGUAGUGCAGUUCCUAGCUAACAAAUCAGUCAAUUUUGCUUCGUUGACUGAUAAUUUUAUUGCAUCAUUUUCACUUUUAUUGAAACUUAAAUCUUGAAUGCAAAUACUGCAAACAUAAAACAGCUUUCUGGGCCCUAAAAGUUAGCAGGACUUUUGAGAAACGGGUCCUAGGCCCGUUUGCUGAAACUUCAGAUAGUGCUGUCCACCAGAUGAAUCACUAUCCAUCAGUGCACAACAACAAGAUUGUUUGUAGUGGUUGGUUAAUGUUGUUAACCAAUGACUCACUGGAUAGAGAUUUAUCAAGUGUCGCAGUUUGGCCGAGGGAGGUUGUCUCUUGUCGCGAUUUCAUUUUAAGCACUGUUGCUACUUUUUGGGCCAUGUCGCUCGUUGGAAUUUACCCUGGCAGGGCCUCAAUACAACUGUAACAGUUACCUUAAAGUGUCGUUAUUUUCCUUCCCAUAACAUAAAAAAGAUAACAUUAAUGUUUGCAUUUCAGCAUUACCAAUACCAAAAAUCAAUAUAAACUGUAUUGUUUCUGGGGAAAUGUGGCGUGUCUUCUUCAGGAGAGGUGUUUAUUACGUUUUUUCCUACCACGUGUAGUGCUUAUUGACAGACUUACUUAAAGGUGUGGGGUUCUUUAAAUAUAUUCAUGUACUCAGUACGGUUAUGUUUGUGUGCAAGUUUUCUGACUUGUGAACAUGAAAUAAACUCAGCAAUAUUUGUUGAAAAUGACAGACAACAAAAAGAAAACUACCAGGUGGAACUGUUGUGGAAGAUCUUAAAAGAGGCCAAGGACAAACAGCCAAGAAAGGACAAACAGUAAGUUUAACUUCUUUAAAUUUGUGUAACUCGUUAACACGACAAUCACCCAUAUCUGUCUGUGUUGUGCACACGCCACAUCUCUAGUACCAAUUUCUAUGACAAAAUUCUUUAAUGUAAGUAACUUCCAUGUUUAAUUUAUGUGGGGGAAAUGGAUGUUAGGGUAUUUUUAGUCAUACUGUGAUGUUUGCAACUAUAAAUCACAUUCCUGCAUGACUGAGAGUUUGGAUGAAAGUCGUGUCCCAAUCAAGGCUCGACAAAUUAAAAGUCCCAUCUGAUAGUCUGGGAAGAGUAAAUUUUCUUGCCGGGUAACUUUUAAAGCUUACUUUCCCAAUGGGCAAAGGUCAAGGCAAUUCAUCCUCUAACAAAAUUAUUAACUAAGAUGAGCAAGAAGUGGUCCAAGGCAAGCAAAAUGUGAAAGCUAAAUGCCCAAAGGAUAAGCUGGAUGUGUUUUCAAACCCUGCCAAUGCCCAUCUGUACUUUGGUUGCAAUGUCACUUUAAAAUAUCCAGACCUUACAAGUUCACCAUCUGUGCAUACCUAAACUUAGAAAACAAAUUCUGAUUUCACUUGAAAGAACAAUUUCCCAGAGUGCUCAACCUUACAGGAACGAUAACCAUAAAAAAAAUAUUUUUCACUGGAAAAGAAGUGUUGGUUAAAAAUUACGUGACUAAAAAACAAUGUUUGGUUGGGUGAUGGCAAGAAAACAGCUUUAUGAGCUUCAAAUGGCAUCUUUUUCGGCAAAUCUGGAUGGCGGUUAAUAUUGCGCAAUACAGCAAGGUUAUUAAUAAUUUUUUAUAAUGCAACCUUAGCGUAUCUCCAUUGAAAAUUCCUGAUAUUAAUGUUGUUUAUAACUUUUUAUUCAUCUCUAACUUUUCAAGUAAGUUCAAAACUCACUUGAAAUCCCCCGUUGAUUUGCGACAGUUAUAUAGGUAAUAUAGCAGUUGGGCACAAUUGAAUGAAUGAUAAUGGUUUUACCUGCAUUUCCAUUUACUUUCUUAGUAUAAAUGCCCCAUGUAAGCAUGUUCUUGGUUUAAUGGACAGUUACUUUUAUCCGCGAUCCCUGACCAGUGACUUUCCUGACAAGCAUGAUCCAUUUGAAAAAAAGGGUGGGGUAGGGGGUGGGGGUGCAGGGGGCCAUGGGACAUAGAGAGGUUUUUAAGGAGAGUGUACACUUUAGCAGAAUCAUUCUGGAAAACUUGUUCAUUAUAAUGCCUGUUCUUGACUUUUACUACAGGUUCAUGUGUACUAUAAGGGUAAUUUAGCCAAGAACAAGAAACAAUUUGAUAGUUGUUUAAGUGGACGUCCAUUUUCAUUCAGACUUGGAGCAGGGGAGGUUAUUAGAGGCUGGGAUCUAGGUGUAGCUGGUGAGUUUCUAUUUUAGAAUUAUAUUGGUGUUGGAAAUCAUUAAUUUAAUGGAAAGCUGUUUUUGUAGCUGUUUAGAGUUUGUUCUAUGUUUUAAAUACUACUUAUGUUAACUGAUAGUGAGGUCAUUACAGGGAAAUGUCAGAUCGAGGCCUUAAUUGAUGUAUUGACCAAGCGAUAGUGAGGUCAAUACCUCAAGGCCAAGGUCUGAGAUCUAGGUCAACAGGUAUUUUUGCUAGUUUAGCUAUGGCAGAGAUUCCAACCCGUUUUGAAGGAAAAUAGGGAGUACUUUUUAGCGCCUAAGGUCUGGGGUUAUGCCCCACCAGGAAAUUUGGCAAAUUUAAUUUCUCUCAAGUAGUGUUUCUUGCAUUUUGACACUGCAAUGUUUUUCAAUGGAGAGACUGGGUGAGACAUUAUAGGAUAGGAAAGUGUAAUCUGAAACAUCUUAUGCUCAGGUUGUAGAAAAAUACUUAAGAUAAGCAAUUUUUUCCUGUUCAGAAUUUCAUGAUAAGUCGGGAGAAUCUGAUAAAAGUUGCAAGAGCGGGAGGCAACACAUUAAAUCAGGAGACUCCCGAUCAAAUCGGGAGGGUUGGAAUUUGGCACUUAUUCAAGGAAUUGUCGUAAGAUGAUAAGAUAACAUUAGGUUCUCCUUCAUCCUCCUUCAUGCUAUCUAUAACCCAGGGUGGGGGAGGAUUAGUGUGCACACCUUAUUUUGUAUGCCACAGCUACAUGUAGAAACUGCCAAACUAUACUAUAAGUUCAUGUGUGGAUUUUUUUCACACUUUGUUUACCGGUAACCUUGUUUACAGGAAUGCAGGUUGGAGGCAAAAGACGACUUACAGUGCCCCCCUCACAAGGGUAAGUUAUCAGUACAGUGAAACCUUGAUAUAACGAACCUCUGUAUAACAAAGUCCUGGGCAUAACAAAUGAUUUUCUUUACCCCAGUAAUAGUAAAAUAUAUGAAAUAUAACCUCAACAAGAAACCUCGUUAUAGCGAACAAAUUUUGCCAGUCCCUUGGCCCUUCGUUAUAUCGAGGUUCCACUGUAGUAACUGCGCACAUGUAGCUUGCAUGAGUACUGUAAAUUAAUGGUAUUAUACUUAGUACGUUUAUUUAAUUUCAGGGGUCUUAGGGUGGGGUUAAAAUAGAAAGAACGUGUUUACAUUCUCAUAACAUCAGGCAUAGUUCUGCCUGAUAAAACUUGUUUUGUGUUUGUUUGAACAUUAAAUGCAUUCCAGUUAUAGAAUAUGGGAAAAGAAUUUUUUGGGUUUUGUUGGUUUUUGAUCAUCCCUGUCACUUUAACUGCAGAGUACCCCUACCCACCCACCCCAUCUAUUUACCAACUGUCUGUUCGUUUUUGCAGCCCUGUGAUCUGUGCUUCCAGGCUGGUCCAUUCCAUACACUUUGAUUUAUACCACAAAUCCUCUAUUAAGCCCCCCCUUUUUAGGGUAGGAAAGUUCAGAAGCCCCCCUCUCUUUUAAGCCCCCCUCCUCCCUUGUUUAUCUUCAAUAAUAAAGUGGUUAUUAGUCACAGCUAUCACACUUCAUGUGGACUGAUCUGGAGUGGUUAAUUCAGAUGCUGGAGGUUCCACACGCAUCUUUUACGUUUGAGCCCUGAAUACAUUUCUAGGCAAUCCACUUUUCGAAAUUGUAAUAAGGAUCUUUGAGGCAUAGAUAUCCUAACCUUGCAAAGAGUUAACACCAUCAACUAUGGGCUGCAUUCUCUCUCUUAUCAUGGUUGCAAGCUGUGGAAUUCCCUUCCUAACAACAUUCAAUGACUGUGAAUAUCUAUUUUUUAUUUUCAUUUAUUAUUUAAUAUUGAUUUAAUAUUAAAUAAUAAAUUAAAAUAGAAAUAGAUAUAUAUUUAAUAGUAAUAGUACAGAAUAUGAAUAAAGUAUUAUUGAUCAACUGACUGAUUAAGAUAAAAUUUGAUAAGAUUAACUACAAAAGGUGAAGCAGUCAGCAUCAAAUUUGAGAUCAAAAUUUUGCAAUAAUUAUGUUCAUUUAUUCAUUUUUGCUGUUUAUCCUUGGAGAUAUUUAUCUUAUUGCUAUCUUUCAAUUCGAGAAUAAAUAAAGAUUAUUGCUGAUUGAUUUAUACAUUGAUUAUCUCAAGCUCACAUUAUGCAGGGUGGAAAUUAUAUUCUACCCUCGUAAUGAGAGCUUGGGACACCUGUGGAAGUUCAGAUUUGUUUUUGAUUUUCAGCUUUUAAUGACCUCCAACUUCCCAUAAAGAGCUUGUUCACUUUGCAUUCUAGCUUUCUAGGAAAAAUGAUACCAUCAUCUUGGCUGAAUUUGUUAAGCUCCUCCUCUCAAAUAAGCCCCCCAUCCCUAUCUACCUGCCCCUCCUGCCUUGCUCAAACGUGCUUGAAAUAGAUAGGCCCAGAGGGGGGGUUAACAUACGAUUUACAGUACUCACUCGUUCAGUAAUAUUCUUUUCAUUCUUCAUAGGUACGGAAAUAAGAAGAUGGGACCAAUUCCACCAAAUAGUACAUUAGAAUUUGAGAUACAGCUGAUUAAGCUUCAAUAGUAACACCAUAAUUAAGUCAGCUAGACUGUUAUUUUAAGAAAUUAGCUACAAUGAGCAGAACUAAUGUCAAAAGAAGCAAUGAGAAAGAGCUGCUAGUUUUUGCAUAUCACCAACGUUUUGUUUACAGUCCUGCCCAACUGGUUUGACAAUAGGAAACCUUGUUGGUACAUAAUAUUUCAGAAUUGCUUUUAUGUGGCAUUAAAAACUUGUUUUAGCCAUAUUAUUAUCAUAUUUAUCAAAAUAAAAAAAGCUAUUUCACUUCUUUUAAGUCAAGGAUUUUUUCAUACAUGACAGGAUAAACUCUCAGUAGACAAAGUGUAAACUUCAAAUUUUUUAUGGUCAAUAAAGUUUAAUUUUAAGGAGA